CAACCACUGGCUCUAAUGUAGCCCAGCUUCACUGUUUACUACAGAAUUAGUGCAUAGCGGACGGCAGUCUCUCCCUCAUCUGGGAACUCCGAACUGUGAACGUUAGCCUGUUAGUUUCGCGUAAAAGGAGAACAUUUAUCCAAAAGUCAACAUGCCCAAGAGAAAGGGAACCGAUGGAGAGGUCAAGGAGGAGCCUCAGAGAAGGUCUGCCAGGUUAUCUGCAAAACCAGCUCCUGCUAAACCUGAACCCAAACCCAAGAAAACACCCAAGAAAGAGAAAGAAGUGAACGAUAAAAAGGAGGACAAGAAGACAAAGGCAAAGGCUGAGGAGAACAAGGACGAGAACCAGUCAGAAAACGGAGAGACCAAGACUAAUGAGGUUGAGAAGACUCCAGAGGAGGAGCUUGAGGGGGAGAAGGAGGAGACUAAGGCUGAGUAGCGCCCCACCCACCCAUCCAUCUUUUUUUCUCUCUUUCUCUCUCUCUCUCUCUCUCUCCUUGCUCUCUGUCUCUCCUCCCCCAUCCGUCCAUCGAACUCUUCUCCCUCUCUCUCUCUCUCUCUCUCUCUCUCUCUCUCUCUCUCUCUCUCUCUCUCUCUCUCUCUCUCUCUCUCUCUCUCUCUCUCUCCCCCCCUUCCUCCCCUCUUUCAGCAGGUUCCGAGCCCCAAACGGAUCCCUCUAUCCACAAUUGUCACCAGAGGAAUAUUUUUAUCAACAAUUUUGUAAAUACUGGUUCAGGUUUUUAGCACAAAAACAAAAAGCUAAAAGAAGGGGGUUUUCAGCCGUGAUCUAAGUUGUCUCCAACACGAGGUGUGAAAAGGCGGCGACUUUGGGUUUUGGUGUAGUUUUGUUUUGUUUGUUUUUUUGUUUUUUUUUUUUUGUUUUUUGUUUUUUUUUUUUUCCUUUUCUUUCUUUUUCUUUAAUUUUUUUUUUUUUUUUUUUUUUUUAAAGCAGAUGGUCUGUAUCCCGGUGUCGGAGUUAGAGGCAUUGGACCUGCAUUGGUGGCUGGUUGUGUGUGUGUGUGUGUGUGUGUGUGUGUGUGUGUGUGUCUUAGUGAUUGUGGUCUUAUCCUGCAGUUUGUGCCCUGUUUGUUCUUAAUUUGGGGGUUUGUUUUAUUUUCUUUUUUAAAAACAAAAACAAAAAACAGUGGUUGUUGAGGAGAAAGAGGAAUCAAAUCCUACAAAAUACUGAAAAUAAAACCCAAGAAAACUACAUGAAACAAACGUAACAUUCCAGGUGCCUCCUGGCUUUGGAAAGAAUCAUGCCACAGACGCGAUCUGAUGAACAGUUGUCGGUUAAUGGGGAUUGUUCAGGGUGGGGGGGUUGUGCAGUUGUGUGGGACUUUUUUUGAUUAUGGGAUUUAAAAAAGGAAAAAAUAAUGUUUUGGGGAGUUUUUUAACACUGAAAAUUCAUCUGUGAAAGAGUAGCGUGCCCUGAAUCUCACUCAAUAAAACAGUCAUUGGAGUUUUCCUCAAACUGA